AUGUCCGAAAUUCUGUGGCGAACGCGAAACGUAGCUUGGUACAAGGCAACGCUGCUUAUGCGAAGCAUUGAGGUUUUCCCAGAAUGUGACCUUAUUGGAUUCAUGGAUCCAGAUGCUAUGCCAAUGCCAGGUGUGUCAGAGAUCGCAGAACAUCUAGACGUUGUUGAUUUCUAUAGGAACCCGGAGCGACUCCUCUACCCCGGCGGGCACAGUACUAGUUUCAAGGGGAAUGCCGGCGUCAACAAUCUUAAUAACACACUAAUAAAUCUUGGGUUCAUGCUUAUCAAACCGACUCGUACCACUUAUGUUAUACUACGCUUGCCAUACCUUGGCAAUUACGCGCACGAUCAGCGUGUUCUCAACGAUCUCCUCGUGCGGUACCCUUCGUUGCAGCGGCACGUGCAAAUUGCAUCACGCGAAGACUUGUUCAACACCCCUCGUGGGGAGCUUAUUCGGCAUUUUGGUACAAGCGGAAACAAACCGCUAUUUCGUGUGAGUCUACAUCGCCGUAACAUCACUGGCAUUGGAACACAACUGUCCGUGGGGCAGCCGAUACGAUAG